CAAUGGCCUCAUCGCCACCAAUACCAGACACGACAACAGAAACAGAAGCAACACUAGCAUCCGAUGAAUCUCUACAGACAGAUAUGCCCAUGACAAUGGCCGCAUCAGUGGUGCUAGAUCACCUACCUCGAGACGCUCACACCGCACUCUCAAAAGCGGGAUUGCUUGACAAGGAGANNAAAUUUCCAUUCUAUUCGAAUGACGAACUAACAGAGCGAGCAGUAAUGCUACACUUUCGCCCUGGGCCCUCCACCCCACCUCUCCGCGGCGGUCAAAAAUACAAAAUGUCCUCGUCUCUACACUUUGAUGCCGUUGUCAAAUUCUUGAGAAAGAGAUUGUCGCUUCAACCGCAUGAGAGCGUGUUUUGCUAUGUUAAUCAGGUGUUUGCGCCGGGAUUGGAUGAAGGGGUGGGGAAUUUGUGGAGGUGUUUUAGGACGGGGGAGGAGUUGGUGGUUAGUUAUUGUGUUGCGCAGAGUUUUGGU